AUUGCUGCAGCCUAGUCGCCUGACAUGUCCGCACGUGGAUCCUUCCAGACGAUAACUCCGCAGUGAAACCGGCUGAUUGUUCCUUGUUUUUGUGGUGAUAGGUGUCCGCGGUAGUCGAUUUCAGUGUUCGGUGUGGUGUCCUCCCGCGUGAUACGAUAUUUCCAGUUCGAAUCUGUAGCACUAGAGUCGUUUCCGUUAAACAUAACCCAAAUAUCCGUCAUAAUUAACGAAAAAAACUCAAUUUUUUCCAACUUUAACCUAAACAGUGAUACCGCUGAUUUAUUUUCCAAUCGAGGCGACACGGAAAACAUCUCUUCGACACGUCCGUGACGAACGCUUUCGAGACGCGAAUGAUCCUCUUAUCAGUGCCCGACUUACCACGAGCAGAACCCACGUGUGUCCGUCAUCGGUGACGUCAUUCCAAAAUGGCGAUGGACAAACUCAUGCUCCUGAACGAGGUCGCUCGGAGCAUCCUCGAGGCGGAGGAGGACGACAGCGGACCCUCGCAACCCAAAAAACCCAAAACCGUCGUCGAGGACCCCGACCCAGGGCCUUUCAUCCUCGAGGGCCGAGACCGCGAACUUUCGCCGAGACCUUUCGUGCCGGUGACGCAGUGCUGCUACCUCCUGUGCCACGACAAAGUUCCCAAGGACGACCAACGGAAACUUUGGGACCUCUGGGAGAACACGAUGGACAAGGCCGCUCAAGACGAGUAUCUGUCCAGCUUGAUCGAGUUCAGACCGCCGGCCACCGUCAAAGUCGAACCGAAAAGGAACCGGAAUUUCCUUUGGAGGUACACCAUCAACCCAAACGGCACCGAAAUCCAAUGCUGCCAGAAAUUCCUGCUCAAACUCUACCAAAUCUCCGAGAAGCGACUGCGCGUGAUCCAGGAGAAAACGCGAAACGGCGACUCCUUCGUCGAGCGGCGCGGGAAACACUCCCGUUCCCGCCCGAAGCUGAAAGCUCAGAACCUCUGGGACUCGGCCGAGGAGCACCUGGCCACCCUCCCUUCCACGCAGGGUCUCGACGGGACGGACAAGAGGUAUUUGAAGGACUCCUCGCUCACCAUCAAAAAAGUCUGGGCCAUGUUCGAGGAGUGGUACGAGGCCACAACGGGGCAGGAGUUGGUCGGGCUGUCCUACAAGACUUACCAUAAGAAGUUCUCGGCCUCCAAGAAGUACGCGUUCCUCUACCAGUUGGUCAUCCCUGACGAGAUCAGCGGGAACACGUGGCUCGACGAGCCGACCAAACAGCUCAUGGAGGGGGAGGAGCCCCCGAAAGGAAAGAAACGAAAAGGAAAGUCGAAGAAAUGAAAAUGAUGCGUGCCUGAAUAUUCUGUUGUAAUGUAAUUGUCGGUAUACAUAAAAAUAGCUGAGACUGAAACAAACAGCUAUAUUUAUCGAUAUCUGAUUGUUCCUCUUGUAAAAUAAUUGUCAAUACAAGUUAAUUUUGUAAAUUGA